CGGAAAAGCUCGAUAAUUACCCAGCCUAACCAUUUCUCAGGUGCUUGCGAGGUGAUUAGGCGGCAAAGAUGUCGGAGCGAAAAGUAUUAAACAAAUACUACCCGCCAGACUUUGACCCAUCAAAGAUCCCCAAACUCAAGCUCCCCAAAGACCGGCAGUACGUGGUGCGACUGAUGGCCCCCUUCAACAUGAGGUGUAAGACUUGCGGAGAAUACAUCUACAAGGGGAAGAAAUUCAACGCUCGGAAGGAGACGGUGCAGAACGAGGUCUACCUGGGCCUGCCCAUCUUCCGCUUUUACAUCAAGUGCACGCGCUGCCUGGCAGAGAUCACCUUCAAGACAGACCCUGAAAACACAGACUACACCAUGGAGCAUGGAGCCACGCGGAAUUUCCAGGCUGAGAAGCUCCUGGAGGAGGAGGAGAAGAGGGUGCAGAAGGAGCGGGAGGACGAGGAGCUGAACAACCCCAUGAAGGUGCUAGAGAACCGGACCAAGGACUCCAAGCUGGAGAUGGAGGUGCUGGAGAACCUCCAGGAGCUGAAAGACCUGAACCAGCGGCAGGCGCACGUGGACUUCGAGGCCAUGCUGCGGCAGCACCGCCUGUCGGAGGAGGAGCGGCGGAGACAGGAGCAGGAGGAGGACGAGCAGGAGACCGCGGCCCUGUUGGAGGAAGCCAGAAAGCGAAGACUGCUGGAGGACUCCGACUCAGAGGAUGAGGCUGCUUCCGCACCCCUGAAGCCAGCCGUUCGGCCCAACCCCACCGCCAUCCUCGACGAGGCCCCAAAGCCCAAGAGGAAGGUGGAGGUCUGGGAGCAGAGCGUUGGCAGCCUGGGCAGCCGGCCCCCACUGUCGAGGCUGGUCGUGGUGAAGAAGGCAAAGGCUGACCCAGACUGCAGCAACGGGCAGCCUCAGGCGGCCCCCGCUCCAGGAGCCCCACAGAGCAGGAAGGAGGCCGACCCUGCACCCCCGACGCCUGGUGCGUCCUCCCUGAGCCAGCUGGGUGCGUACCUGGACAGUGACGACAGCAACGGCAGCAACUGAGCCCUCCCAGGACCCCCUCACCGGGUCAAGGUCACACGUCCAGCUUCAGCCACGUCGAGGCCGGCGUUGCUGGUGGUCAGGGCAGGAGGCCUUGGCGUGACCGGAGACCCGACAGACACGCGCCAGCAUGCUCCAAGCACAUAGGGCCAACAGGGGCCACAGCCCCAGGAGGUCACUUCUCUCUGCCCUCACCAGCCUCUCAGCACCUCGGGGACCCCUGCUGCUCCUGCCCCCACCUGUCACUAUGCUUAGGGCUGCAACAUCCCUGGAGCAGCUUCCAACACUACUUCAGGGUGGCGGUGUUUGGGGCACUGGGCGAGCCCGCCGGCUUCUAGAUGGCCCCAUCUCUUCCUUCCACAAACCGUCUGGAACCAAUAAAAGGAAAUCUGCCAAC